GAUCGGCGUAGGUCUCUGUGAAAUUGUUUUAAACAAAUGCAGUUUCAAAGAACCAAAACAAAUAACUAAAUAAAACUUUCGAGAUUACAUUGUCGAGUUGAAGAAAUAAUGCAUUUAAAAGAAACUGUAGACAUUAAGGAAUGACAACUUUCGGAUACGUAGAUACCUGAAGAUUGGUGGCAAUCUAAUUUUAGCCGGAGAACACAGGAGAAAUUGUAUUGUAUUGUUGGAUCGCAUUUCUAUAAUAUCUAUUGGAUACAAUUGUUUAUCUGGUGGGUUGUUGGUGUCAACAAGUGUCUACUCAAUUUUGUGCGGCAUCAGAAAACACACGUACACACCACUGAUAAGGAACCAAACACAAGUCAACGCCAAGUUUUGCCGGUUCUUGUGUGCCAAGUAAAAUUUUUGUUGUAGCCGAUCUUUCUUGUCAACAGGUCACCCGCAUAGGUGUCAUUAUUAUUACGCUACGCUAUCAAAAAUCAAGAGAAGAAACUAAUGUACGUAUAUAUUCUCCCACCGUAGUCUGACACAUUAGUCGUUCAUCGAGUGCGUUCUGCUAGCUUUUUUGGACUGACACAUUCUCGCAAAAACAGAAGAAGAACAGACCAAACAUUUUCACUUGUCUCCGGCGGACGGCUGAAAACAUUUGUGGUGGACAAAUUGUUCUAACAAUUUCGGAAUUUGUGGAAUAUCUAUUGAACAAAAAUUAUGUAAUUUGUGUAUGAUUGGAUUUAGCAAAUCAAUUGAAUUGCCAUUGGAAUCUGAGUUUUUGGACUACACCGCAUCAUCAUCGUCAUGGAUUUGUUACUAUUUAUAACAGCUGCCGCACACAUUGUGUACACCCCCUUUACCAAGGUGGAAGAGAGUUUCAAUCUUCAGGCCAUACAUGACAUUUUGUAUUUGCGUCAUAAUUUCACAGAGUAUGAUCAUCAUGAAUUUCCUGGGGUGGUGCCGCGUACAUUUCUGGGACCCCUGUUUAUAUCAAUACUCUCGUCGCCAUUUAUUUUGCUUUUUGAAACAUUGCAUAUCAGCAAAUAUUGGUCUCUUUACAUAGUUCGCCUAGUCUUGGCAGCUGUUGUCACCUGUGCAUGGACCAAAUUGAAACGGGUCAUUACUAAAAUCUAUGGUUCAGAUGUUAGCCUUUGGUUUAGUCUUAUAACGCUAACACAAUUUCAUUUCAUUUUCUAUAUGUCUAGAACGUUGCCGAAUAUUAUGGCACUGCCAUUGGUUCUCUACGCCUUGGCCUAUUGGUUAAAUGAUCAAAUCAAACCAUUUAUAAUUUGUUCCGGUAUUGCCAUACUUAUAUUCCGUUCGGAAUUGAUAAUAUUUUUGGGUUUGCUGGUAUUAAUCAAUUCAUUGUUUAAGAAAGUAACAAUUGCCAGAAUCUUAAAAAUUGCUAUCCCAACUGCCAUUGUGAUACUUAUUACCUCGAUUGCUGUGGAUUCAUUCUUUUGGCAACGUUUGCUCUGGCCAGAGGGUGAAGUGCUAUGGUAUAAUACCAUAUUAAACAAAAGCUCUGAUUGGGGUACUUCACCAUUUUUGUGGUAUUUUUAUUCAGCUUUGCCAAGAGCAAUGGCAGCAUCUUUACUAUUUGUACCAAUUGGCUUUAUUUUGGAAAGAAGAGUUAGACCCAUUGUGUUGGCGGCCAUUGGUUUUGUGGCGAUAUAUUCUAUCUUACCUCAUAAAGAGUUGCGUUUCAUAAUUUACGUAUUCCCGGUAUUGAAUUUAGCGGCAGCAACAGCAUGCCAUCGUUUUUGGUCCAAUAGUGGCAAAUCGUUAUGGCAUGGAUUUUUAUCUUUAUGCGCAGGUGGACAUUUACUUCUCAAUGUUUGUGUAACAUUGUUCCUGCUGAUAGUAUCCGGUACUAAUUAUCCUGGUGGAGCUGCUAUGACCCGUUUAAAUUUACUUGAGGCUGGUUCCUCAAAUGUUUCGGUGCAUAUUUCAAAUUUGGCAGCACAAAGUGGUGUGUCGAGAUUUUUACAAAUUCAUGAUAAUUGGAGUUACUGUAAAAGGGAACAAAUGAACUAUACCAAAGAUGAAUCCCUGGCAUACACCCAUUUAAUUGUAGAAGCCAAAAAUAAAUUCAACAAUCAAUUAUGGUCAUCACUGCAAGAAGAUUUCGAUACAUUGGAAUUUGUAGAUUGUUUCAAUAACAUUGGAAUUCAGUAUAAUUCUAUUAUGCCUAUCAAAAUCAAAACCAAAGCCUGUCUGGCCAUACUUAAGAGAAAACCAGGCAGAGGGCCCAGCGACGUUACCAAGAAAGAAAGUAAAAAGCGAAAAAAGAAAUCAAUAACGGAGCAGACCCCUGAAGAAAGUGUGGAGAAACCAACAAAGAAAACUAAGAAGCCUAAAGAAGUUAGUAAGGAAAUAUCCAGUGAACACCAAGAAAUCUCGGAGGGCAAAUUAAAUAAUUUGGAUGAAGAAAAUGUUGUAUCAAAACCCAAAGAUAAAAAGAAAAAGAAGAAAACUCACCAACAAAAAGAGAAUGUGCAGCCAGAUGUGAAUGUCAAAUCAGAGCAAGCAGAUAGAGUUACAAAUGAAGAGGAGAAAUUAGAGUCAGAGCAAAAUACAGAUAAUAUAUCACAAGAGUCAAUGGAACAAUCUAAUAAAAGCGAAGAAGAGAAACAGGAGAAGGAAAUUGAUAUUGAGGAAGCAAUAAUUUCGAAGGAAAUGGUUGAUAAUGAGGCCACAAAAACAGAAGAACUAGACAUUCAACUAGUAAAUGAUGAAAUACCUAAAACUUUGGAUGAAACUACAGAAAACACAGAAGAACAAAAUGAGGAAGAGAUUUCCCAACCAUCUUCGAAGAUAGAUCCCGAGCUAAGUACUUUACUUUCUUCAGCUGUUAGCUUAGAGGAUGAUAAUGAUGCAAUUGUAUCGACUGUUGAGUCAUACGAAGAACAAGACCUUGUACAAUCCAAGGAGAACACGGAUACACCACAUAAAGAAAUUAAUUUCGAAGAGUUACGUAAUUUAGCUUUGGGACAGGUGAAUCGUAAAACGAAAGCUACGAAAUUAAAAAUACGACGUCUCAUUGAACAACAUUUCCGUUCAAAGGGUAAACACAUAGAAAAUGAUUCGCAAGAAAAACUCAACACGAAACCAGUCGAAAAAGUCUCUGCCAAACAAUCGGUAAAGGCUAUUAUCAAACAGGAACGUAUCAAGGAGAUGAUUGAGCAAAUUUCCACAAUGGAUCUAACGAAAAUGUGCAAUUUAGAAAAAGUAUCCACCAAGGAUUGUCUAAAGAGUGUUAUCGAUAAAAUCGAUGCUCAAACACAAAGCUAGUGAUGAACAGGAGAAUAUGGGAGGGUACUUCAUUAAGUUUAAUUAGAUUUUUUAAUUUGUGUGCGUGUUUCAUUUAAACCAAAUAUUUAUUGCAUUUUUAAGCAAAUCACUAAAAAUUGUUACAAAUAAUAAAAAGACUUAAUAUUUUCUAAUAACAAAUCAAUCAAAUAUGAUGUAUCCAGCUAGAAAUACCAAUGUAUAGACGAGACCACAUCCUGUCAAACCCAUUGUUGUAAGAUACAAAAGUUUGUCUUUUGCUCCACCUUUAAGAUGUAUUGGAAGAUUGUUUUUCUCUUGGAAUUUUUGUUGUAGUCGUAUCAUUUUCGGUUGCAAUGUUGUUGACUUGUAUCGUUGCAACUGCGU